AGUUAGACAUAGAAAUUUACUCAAGAUUGUAACUUGUUGUUCGAGUACUGAUUUUCAAGGUAAUCCUUUCAAGGCUCUAGUUUUUGAGUUAAUGGUUAAUGGGAGUCUAGAGAAUUGGCUGCACCCGACUAUAAGUGAUGUAAACAAUGACGAUCAGCUACAAGUGAAGAAUUUGAAUCUAGAACGAAGAUUGAGCAUUGCAGUAGAUGUUGCUUUUGCAUUAAAUUAUCUUCACCAUGAUUCUCAAUCACCCAUUGUGCAUUGUGAUGUGAAGCCGAGUAAUGUCCUUCUUGAUGAUGAUUUAACUGCCCAUGUGGGUGAUUUUGGCUUGGACAAAUUCCUUAAUAAUUCCUCCAGUAAUUCUAGACAGCUGAAUGAACAAGACGCAAGCUCAGUUGCAAUAAAGGGCUCCAUCAGUUAUGUUUCUCCAGAAUAUGGAAUGGGGGUGAAGUGUCGACACAAGGUGAUGUGUAUAGCUACGGAAUUCUUUUGCUAGAGAUGUUUAUAGGAAAGAGGCCAACUGAUGACAUGUUUAGGGAUGGCCUAAACAUUCAUGACUUCUCUAAGAUGCAUGAGUUGCCAGAGCAUAUUGAGGAGGUUAUCUAUUCACGUUUGUUGAUGGAAUUAAGAGAAGAUCAUAACGAUGCUGAAAUUACCAAUUACAAUAUCUUGAGGAACGAAAGAAUAAGCAUAGGUAGAGAUAGAAUGAGACAAAUCUUGGCUUCCAUAAUUCAGAUUGGAGUUAAAUGUUCUUCAGUGUUACCUUCAGAUAGAUGCAGCAUGAAUGAGGUUGUUGUGGAUGUUCAAGCUGUUAAAAAUCAGUUUCUUGGUGUUGGACUGUAAUCAUAGAACAGAACUCCUUUCACGACUAAUUUGUAUUUGUGUUCUGUAUCUUGGGGGAUUCCUCUUCCUUAA